AUGAAGGAGCUGGAAGCUGACUUGGAAGCGCAACUGCAAGCCAAGGAGGCGGAUUGCAGCAGCGUUCCCAUCUUAAAGCGGCAGCUGAGGGACAUGGAGUCCGUGUCGUCACGUCUGGAGGAACAACAUCGGCUGAACGCAUCGCUGAGGUCCGAAAUUGUAGGGUACCAACGUCGCUUGGACGCUGGUGAUCAAAUGAUGUCAGAACUCGAGAAUCGGCUUUCUGAUGCAGCUGGGGCCGGUGCAGGGAAAUCAUCUGCUCCAAGCGCUGCAUCGUCCAUGCGACGUCUGCAGGUGAGUGUGUGA